UCAAAUAUAAGUAUUUGAAAUCCAGUGCUUAAGUUGUUCUCAAGCGCAUACGUCAAAUAGACAUAACCGCACAUAACCUAUACGUUAAAAAAGUAAUAAAAUAAAAUAAUGGAUCUGCAAAUUUUCGACGACGAUUUAGAUGUUUUGGAAAUAAUUGAUUUUGGUUUUCCAAAAUUAAUAUACACAAGAUCCAAUUAUUUCCACGAAAUGGACGAAUAUAAUUUUUUUAAAAGAUUUCGUCUAACAAAACAAAGUUGUUUGUAUGUUCUACGACAAAUACAAGAAAUUAUAGAAUUUCCGUCUAAUAAAAACAACUGUGUGUCUCCAAUGAACCAGUUGCUAACAACCCUUAGAUUUUACGCUUCUGCUAGCCAUUUAACUAUUGUAGCUGAUUUUACCGGGAUGCAUACUUCAACAGCUAGUAGAAUUAUAUCGCGGGUAUCGCGUGCAAUUGCUAUGCUGAGACCGCAAUACAUAAAAAUGCCAAGUAAUACCGAAGAAAUUCUAGCAGUACAAAACCAGUUUUAUGGAAUAGCUGCAUUUCCCAGGAUUAUAGGUGCCAUUGAUUGCACGCACAUAAAAAUUCAGUCUCCUGGUGGCGAAGAUGCAGAAGUGUACAGGAACCGAAAAGGCUACUUUUCUUUUAAUGUACAAGUUAUUGUAAAUGCAAAUUUGGAAGCCAUGGAUAUUGUGGCAAGGUGGCCAGGAUCUGUUCACGAUUCAACUAUAUUUAAUAAUAGUCGGAUUAGAGCACGGUUAGAAAACGGAGAUUUCCAAAAUGGCAUAUUAUUAGGCGACAGCGGAUAUCCUCUGCGAGAGUAUUUUCUAACUCCAUUGGCAGAGUAUAAUUGA